CUGCAGAAAGACCGGGAGGACGUUAGCGAGGAGAAGGAGGGAGGAGGAGGAGGAGGCGGAGAAACGACGCUGACGACGCCGAAGCGGGACAACCAGGCAGCGCCGGCGACGACGACGACAGCGGAGUGGAGCGCGACCCAGCGAGCGGAGCAAUGGCGUCGACGGAUUAUAGUACCUACACUCAAGCAGCUGCCCAGCAGGGCUACACUGCAUAUGCGGCUCAGCCAACUCAAGGAUAUGCACAGACUACCCAGCAGGCCUACGGACAGCAAAGCUAUGGCACUUAUGGGCAACCCACGGAUGCCAGCUAUACCCAGGCUCAGACCACAGCUACCUAUGGGCAGACUGCAUAUGCGAGUUCUUACGGGCAGCCUCCAACUGGUUAUACCACCCCAGCUGCCCCUCAGGCUUACAGCCAACCGGUCCAAGGGUACGGCACCGCUGCUUAUGACACCACGACCGCCACUGUUACCACCACACAGGCUUCCUACGCCGCCCCGACUGCUUAUGGCACCCAGCCUGCCUAUCCUACCUAUGGACAGCAGCCAACAAAUGCUACAGCUGCGAGACCCCAGGAUGGCAGCAAACCUUCAGACACCAGCCAAGCUCAGACUAGUUCAACAGGCUACAGUCAGCCGAGCCUAGGAUAUGGCCAGAGUAACUACAGUUAUCAGGUUCCUGGAAGUUACCCCAUGCAGCCGGUCACUGCCCCGCCAGCCUACCCACCAACCAGCUACUCUUCUUCUCAACCAAGCAGUUACGAUCAGAGCACUUACUCCCAGCAGAGCAGCUACGGGCAGCAGGGCAGCUACGGCCAACAGAGUAGCUACGGACAGCAAAGCAGCUAUGGGCAGCAGCCCCCCACCAGCUACCCACCUCCCACUGGAUCCUACAGCCAGGCACCAAGCCAGUACAGUCAGCAGAGCAGCAGCUAUGGGCAGCCAAGUUCAUUCCGCCAAGACCAUCCCAGCAACAUGGGUGUGUAUGGCCAAGACUCUGCAGGCUUUUCUGGCCCAGGAGAAAGCCGGAGCUUGAGCGGCCCUGAAAACAGGGGAAGGGGAAGAGGGGGAUUUGAUCGUGGAGGCGUGAGCAGAGGUGGGCGGGGAGGAGGCGGCCGCGGCGGAAUGGGGUAAGAGUAAACCUUUUUCUUCCUUCCUUCCUCUCAUUAAUUUGAUUUUAAACCCUGUAGGGUGUGUGGCUGCAAGAAGGGAAGGGCUGAAAGGGGCCAGAGCAAAUGGCCUUUUUU